AUGUUGUUCACUUACUUGCUCGUCCUCCUGGCCGCGUUUGACCUGUCCUUUGCAAGGCUAAGUCGUCGAGCUCCAGGCGGAAGCAGUAACAAAGUCGUCAAGCAUGGACAUUUCCCUACUGGCCUACCCGGGGGCAGCAAGACAUAUCGAAACCGAAGGAGAGCAUCUCUUGCUCAGCGUCAAGCAUCCAGUGCGACUGGAUGUGGAGCCAGUGGCCAAUUGACCGUGAAAGCGCCAAGUUCAAACAUCUUUGCAAGCUUAAGCGAUGAUGAUGCGGCAUCGGUGAUAACCUUCCUCCAUGCUCAACCAAGCCUCAACUUGACAGCAGCUGCGACCGCGACAAGUUGGGACAACAAGAUACAGCAAGUGGAGCUGUUGCAACCAAACAAAUCGGAUGCUCUGUCCUACCUGGAUUCAGGCUCUGCGGCACCAAAACAAUACGUUCGCGCUGUCAUCCGAUUUGGCGCAACCCCUGAGCCCUACAUCCAGGAGUACCAAGUUGGGCCUUUACCCGUCACCAAUGGGUCAACUAGCUUGACCGAGCUGAACUACAUAUACAACAAAGGCCGGGGCUACCAACGUCUCUACGAUCUGGACUUUGAGGCCUUGCUACCCUUCGUCUAUGGAGUCACUGGCGGAGUUGCUGAUAUCACAAAGCUACUCAUCAACGGGACAGCUACAGGAGCGCCAGAUGAUACUCUGACGGUCUCUGGCAAUACCCCUCUGAUUCACGAGGACGACAAGAUUUUUCAGUGGAACCAAUUCUACCCGCUGCAUACUGGCGCAUGUAUCGACGAAGAACUGCUACCAACUGGACUGCAGUUCAAAGCAGACAUUACCGGCCGUGACCCUGCUGGAUGGUCUGUUGUGGCUUGGUACUAUAACGGAAUCUUUUAUGAAUCUGAAUUGGCCUUCCGUUCGGCAAUCAACUCCACAGGCUUCGUGAAUGUAGGCCCAAAUGUGGAUGGCGAUUGGGCAUGUACAGAUUACAACAACGAUCCUUUUCCCCAUGAUGAGCUCAGUCCUCCAGUGCCUGUGCAGCCCGAUGGCCCACGUUUUUCUGUGGAUGUACAGGAAAAGUACGUAGAGUGGAUGGACUUCAGCUUCUAUCUUUCAUCAAACAAAGACUUGGGUGUGCAACUGCACGAUGUCCGAUAUAAAGGUGAGAGAAUUAUCUAUGAACUCGGACUCCAAGAAGCUUUGGCACACUAUGCCUCCGCAUCCGACCCCUUCCAGGCGUACAACGCGUAUCUUGACAGUCAGUAUGGCUUCGGCCAAUCUUCAUUCCAACUAGUCAGUGGUUUCGACUGUCCAGCAUACGCCUCCUUUCUCAACACGUCAUAUCACUCGGGAGAGACUUCUCACACUCAUCCCAAUAGCAUAUGCAUGUUCGAAUUCGAUACUGCAUAUCCUGUUCAACGUCACACCACGCCAACCUAUGUGUCUGUCACCAAAAACAUUGCUUUCAUCAUACGCCAUGCUGCCACUGUUGGUAAUUACGAUUAUUUGUUUGAUUAUGAGUUCUAUCUCGACGGCUCAAUUCACAUCACCGUUCGUGCAUCCGGGUAUAUUCAAUCUUCUUUUUAUACGACGAACUUCCCAGCCUCGGACGGCUUUCACAUCCACGAUCAUUUGGCAGGAUCCAUGCAUGAGCAUGUUCUGAACUACAAAUUAGACUUGGAUGUUGCUGGGACCAAAAACAGUCUCAUGAGAACUGCAUUAGUACCUGCUACUGAGACAUAUCCUUGGUCCAACGGCAAAGCUAGGAACACGAUGAAACUUGAUAGGUCAUUCAUCACGUCGGAAAACGAUGGAAAGUUGAAUUGGGACGCUAAUAACGCCGUAUUCUACUCUAUUGUCAAUAAGGACCAGCCCAACCAGUAUGGUGAAUACCGCGGCUACAAGAUCAUGCGAGGCACUGGAAACAACAAUUAUCUAGUCAUUCAGAACUCGACCACUCUAGGCCCCUCGGUCAAUUGGGCUGACCAUCACCUCUACGCUGUUCAGCGCAAAGAUAAUGAGCCUCAGAGUGCGCAUCCGUACAAUGGUCGAGAUCCGACUGUACCUUUGGUCGACUUCGCCAAGUUCUUUGAUGGGGAUUCACUAGAUCAAGAGGAUAUUGUUGUGUACUUCAACCUGGGCAUGCACCACAUACCCGAUACUUCCGACAUACCUAACACAGUCUUCACUUCCGCUCAUUCAUCCUUCAUUGUGGCCCCUCAAAACUAUCUCCUCAGCGACCCAUCGCGUGGAACCAUCCAUCAGACGCGCAUUAACGUUAUCAACGGCUCUGUCACCGACGCUCUAACGUUCGGCGCUAAGCAGCCAACAUGCGCACUCGAUCUAUCGCAAACAGCACCUGAUACCCAGACCUUCAUUGGCGAGGUAUACAUCAAUAAGUUCCCCUAUCAUUCAGACGCACAGAUGAUUGGGAAUCCCUUCGACGGUUUGGAGCCAAGUGAUCUACUAUGA